AUGCCUUCGUUCUCUCGCUUAUUCCGGAGUAAAGACUCCAGUGCUGCGAAAAAGAACUCAAAAGCCCCUGCAGCGGAAAAUAAAGGCCCUGCGAAGCCAACAUGGACCGAUGCAUGGCAGCGAACGGAAGUCGGGCCAGAAGAGGUUCAGCAACUGCUGAGAGCUUGUACCCAGGAGCUCAAAGUACGAGCGCUUCAAACCCCGUUCAUGUUGCUCCCAUUCCGCCCGAGCUCCGAUACUGUCACGGCCCGUACCUUCAUUCGGAAUUACUUCAAUCAGUCUAUAAAAAGAGGUUCGCCUUUUGCUGGAGAUGAAUUGGCACAAGAACUGCGGCUUACCGACCCGAUGGUCUUAUGCAGUGUGUUGAAAUGGUGCUGGAGCAGACUCCCUGGAGGAGUUGUUACCUGGGAAGCUUACGAACUGUUCAAGGUUGGCGAGCAAGACUCUCAAUUUGCUCGUGACGCUUUCUCGACAUUCAUACCUAUCAGCGUAGACUCAGACGCUCGGACCAAAAUCAUCAUUGACUUUUUCGAUCUCUUGACAGCCAUUGCAGCGCAUGGCAAGUCCAACGGUCUGGGAGGUCGGAAGCUUUCCCGCUACGCUGGAUGGUGGGCUUUCGAACAUACCGACACUGGAAGUGGUUUUGAAGCGGCCUACAAGAAUUGGGCAAGCGCCGCCGAUGCAACAAGUCACUUGUUCUUUGCCUAUCUACGUUCGCUUUCACCUGAUGCUCCUCGCGGCAUGAACAGCAUAUCCACAUUACCAAUCGCCUUGCAGUCAUUAGUCCAGGCCACAGAAUACCCCCCUGAAACACCAACGCUUCUCCAGGUAUCGACCACCAAAGUUGUCAUGAUUGUCGAUACAGUCUCCCCGACCCCCUUCGCCUUACUGCGCCGUGCAAAGAACUUCGAAUAUAGAGACAGCGAUGAACAUCUCCAAGAAUUCGCCGGGUAUGAGGACCCAAUGAAGGCCCUUACUGACGAGUGCCUGCGUGUUCUAAGAUGUAUCUCAUCUACCAACCAGUCUGCAGUCGAGGAACCGGUGGCGGCAAACCGUGAUGCAUCAUGGUCCAGGUUUGAGGAUCUUGGAUUCGGAGGCGCCAUUGAACCUGCACUUGAAGAAAAUGGUGCUCACUCAAGCUCUGCCCCAAAAGAAUUCGGCGGUAGUUUGAGAUCUGUGCCUCAUUCUGGCGGUGGCGACCUCGGUCGCCCUACCACACCAUCAUGGGCUGAUUUCAUGUCGUCCGGCUUUGGCGAUGACAGCAACUCUUUCAAGGCCCCUGUUGCUCCUCUACUUCUCCCUCCCGAUAAAGUCCUUCCACCAAUUGCAACCGUGCGGGGCCAAAGCUCGCAAUCUCACAAACGAGGUCUCAACGAUGAACCUUCUAUGGAUCCUGGUGAGCUGGCUAGUAUCACAAACCUUGACAUAGAUGACUCUUUCUGGUGGGUUUGGAUCAGCAGUCUAGCAGGCGAAGAGCCCACUGCGCGGAAAGCGGUCUUUGGACGUUGCGCAUUGCUUGAAACAGUUAUCAGGAACACAAAAUGGUUGGUCCUCGAGGAACAGGUCAAGGGUGCUGCUCCUGAACCUGAAGCAGGCGCGUACAUCGUCGAAAAGAAGCGUUUCUUCGGAUUCUCGACUCGAAGGGGCAAACUCGGGCGCCGCAAGUCCUCAGCAAAGAAGAUUGACUCGGUGGAGGAUUCCUAUAAGCGCCCCAACAACCAAGGACCGAAUAGCAAGGCUAGCAUAGCCCCAGAUCAACACGCACGUAUCCAAGCCGCCGCAGCUGCUCUUCAGAGAAAGCACCGGGAGGAGCAGGAGCUCGCCAACGGAACCAAGGCAGGCGCGGGUGAUGAUGUAUCUAACCCGAAAAAGACUAUUUCCAUGAUGACACUGCAACCAUCCAUCGUGAAUGAAGCUUCCCAAGCUAUGAAAUGGGCCAGUAACUACGACAAACACGCCUACAGAGCAGCCUAUCUGAGCGACACCCGUGCAGGAACUGGCGCUGCAGCCGACGAAAAUAAGGAGCAACCAGCCCCAUCGAUGACAGCUAGCUCCAAACAGCCACCUACACCGCCGAAAGACUCUGCUCCUGUUCCCACCACAGAAGUACCAAACGCGCCUGAGAAGCCUACGGAUGGUACAAAGACUGGCACUAAUGUAACAGAGCCACCGACUGUGGAACCUCCGGUCAAAGCACCCCAGGAAACUGCAGAAUCGGAUGCGCCUCACAAGCUGAAGAAGAAAGCAGCUAACACCGGAUUCAAGAGCAUGUUUGGAACAAGUAAGAGAAAGGACACUGAGGGAAAGCCUCCUUUGAAGCCAACGGGAGCCGAAGGGUCGGCUGUUGCUGCUGCGCGCGCCGCGCUAGAGGGUAAAGCAAAGGCAUCACAGGAACAACCACCUAGCCGCAGCGGGCCCUCAACCUUGAAAAAGAAGCCAGUUCCAGGCACACCCCCUGCGAAGACCACCAAAUCUGAUACCGAGACGGCCGCCGAGCCAGCUGCUGUUCCAGCUCCAGACCCCCAACCUAGCGAGCCCCAACCCAGCGAGCCUCAAGCUCCAGAGCCAGCUCACGAGCCCAUGAGUGAUCAUCCCCAGAUCCGCCGUGAGGCUGAGUAUGAUGCCCUUUCCCGAGUUGAUACGAACGAGCAAGUAGCAGCGGACCGCGAAUUCUCGAGAUUUGACCAGGGACCCCUAGUGGACCAGCCGGCAUUCGUUCCCGAAGACUCACCUGUUGAGGAAACACCUCCAAAGGCUGAUCCUAGCCCUCCUGUGUCCCCGGUCUCGUCUACCUCUCCAGCCCAGGGCAACGCUUCUCAAGAUCGUUGGGCUCAGAUUCGAAAGAAUGCGGCUGAAAGGAUUCAGACUGAACCCCGCGCAAGUACCGCUGACGAAGACGGCAACACUAGCGAGGAAGAAAGCUUUGAAACCCGCGCUGCGCGUAUCAAGGCACGAGUUGCUGAAUUGACUGGAAACAUGCAAUCUGCAAACCGGUCUUGA